AUGUUUAAAAAUAUAAUUAAAUUAAUUAUUGUUGCCAUUGUUUUAUGUUUCAUGGUGAUGAGUCCAAUUGCACAGGCAACGACCGAUGUUCAAUCACCAUCAUGCAAGAAAUGUUUUACUGAUUUUAGUGCUGCUGUCUGUGCAGAAGAUGCCAAUGGAAAGGCUGAUAUAGGUUGUCGUAUUCAAAAUUUAGCUCGUAUUGGUGAAUGUUUAAAGAAGAAUGCUUGUGCUGGUAAACCAUAA